CUCCCAUUGUCUCUCACUACAAUUGUCAUUCUCCUGGGCUCCUCUGUCUGUCUGGGUAUCUGUCACACCAUUGAAACCUCACCUUGCUCUCGGUAAGUCUUUCUCCAACUCUCCUCCUGUACAUCCAGGUUCUGAAUGACCUUUCACCUCUUGAUGCUGCUCUCUUUGUUUAGUCCAAGACUCCAUUUAAGCUGUGUCUGGGAAACUGGCGUCCUAUGUAUCGUUUUGCUAGGAAUAUCUUAUCUGUCUGUCUGUGGGAUCAGUUUUUGUACCUGUUAGAUCAAACUUAUACCCUGUCAGUGUUUUUAGUUGGUGCAUAUAUUUCUUGCAUGUACUGAUCAAUGUCAGUCUGUGGGUUUUUUAUUAGGCCUGGUCAUGAAUGAUGGUUUGUGUUUUGAGUAUAUUGUCUUCUGUGGAUGAUUAUAGAUUGUACUUUAAUAGCAGCGGCUGGGAUAAGGCCAGGACCCUCGCACUUGUAGCCAUCCCUAAUGUCCAGUCAGCUAGUCAGUCAUACUGUGCAAACUGUCUCUUCCUCCCUCCUCCUCGUUCCCACCAGGUUAGAUAGAUAGAUUGAUAGAUAGAUAGAUAGAUAGAUAGAUAGAUAGAUAGACAGAUGGCUAGGAGCAGUGAUCCCCGCUCUCCCUCCCUCCUAGGACUAUUAAUACGGUCCUCUCCCCUAUAGCAGUGAAAAUGAGCCGGUGUGACUCACCCUAAUCUCCCACCCUGCCUCCCAUCCUCUCUCAAGGUGUCCUUGACUAAAAUUAACCCAUCAGAAUUCCACCGUUAAUGCUCCCUCCGCUGAUAUCCCGGAGUAACUUUACACUUCCCUCAAAUCCCGGCUGUUAGUCUUGGCAGACCACUUACCAACCAUCUGCCAUUUAGCUCCAAAUGGUGGGCUUCUGCUGCCUCGCCUGUUAGGUCUACUGCUAGGCUGGCAUUCUAAACCCUCCCUCCCUCAGCUGAGCUCACACCCUUUUUCUAUAUCCAUUCUAGCUUCUCCUGGGUUGGUCAUUGGGGCACGCAAUGGAAAAUGUUUUUAAAUGUUUUGCAACAGGAAACCAAAAUGUAUGUUUCUUAUUGGACAGUUCCAGGUUUUCUCUCCCUGUUUGUCUGUUUUUUACCUUGUUGCCUAAUGAACAUGACCCUGUUCCUGGUUGGAGUGGAAUAAGCUUGGGUAUAGGCAGUGGUGUAAAGUACUUAAGUCAUUUUUUGUGGUAUCUGUACUUUACUAUUUAUAUAUUUUGACUACUUUUAUUUUGCUACAUUCCUAAAGAAAAUUAUGUACUUUUUACUCCAUACAUUUUCCCUGACACCCAAAAGUACAUGUAAAAUUUUUUGAAUGCUUAGCGGGACAGGAAAAUGGUCUAAUUCACACACUUAUCAAGAGAACAUUUUUACUUAGGAGUCAUUUUUUAUUAAGGUAUCUUUACUUUUACUCAAGUAGGACAAUUGGGUACUUUUUCCACCACUGGGUAUAGGCCUAGAUCUAUCAUAAGUCAUGUCUAAAACACUGGUGGAUUUAAUAUGUAGGCCGGUAAAAACAGGGAGAACUGAUUUAGCAUUGAUAAUUGUCUUAAAGUGAAUGUGGUAAUGGUUAGGGAGAGGGAAGCAGAUCCAGGACCAGCUUUUAGGAGCACAUCAUAAAACUUAACCUAAUACAUUGAAAAAAGAAAGGACGUCAAUCAACUCAUGACAAUGUAGUACCACAAACUAACGUGAGCAGUUAAACAGGACACAGUGGAGCUUUGGAAGCAAGGUAAUGACAGGACCAACUCUAUCAGCACUGGACCUCCACCAAUGUUGUCACCCGCCAUGUGUCCCUUCGUCCAUCCGUCAGUGCGUCUCAUUGUCCCUUCUGUUGGCGAGGUAAACACACUGAGUAACUCAUUAGCCGUGACACCCGUUGGAAAGGGGGAUGGAUUAAUCUCCGCGAGGCGCCGAUGGCAUUUUAGGAUGGCCGACAUUGUUUCAGGCACAAAAUCAAGUGAGGGAGAGGCGCGACAACAGCUAUGUGCACUAAAAAUAUUUCCUGGGCAAUGCUAUGCUAUAUAUUGUUUCAGGAUGACACCAUUGUGGAGAGACCUCACCGGGAAAAGAGAAGAGGGGUUAAUAGACAGACGAGGAAGAGAAUAGGGGUUGAUAGACACAAGAAUGAAUAGGGGUUGAUAAACACAAGAAAGAAUAGGGGUUGAUAAACACAAGAAUGAAAAGGGGUUGAUAGACACAAGAGGAAGAUGAGAAAGAAGGAAUGGGGAAAGAAGGACCAGGAAUCAAUCUAAUUAACUCCGAUAUGUGCUGGAACCAACCCCAGGCCACAAGUGUAAAGUUUUAUAAAGCUAUUAUAUUCAAUGACAGCAUGUAUUGCUGAGGACUAGACCUAUAGGUUUUGAUUAUACAAACCCAAGUAUAACCAACCACGACUAUCACAGUACAUUUUGCAGUAUUAAAUCAACACUUAGAGUACAUUUUAACACUACCUCAGAUAACAUAUGGGGCCACUCUACGGAGUGUAAAAUGUAUUCUGAUUAUAGUGUUACAUUUUGUGUGUUAAUGUAACACUUGGUAGUGUAAAAAAUUUACACAUUUGCCAGUGUUACUCAAAUGUAACACUAUGGGGUAAUUAAUCCUGUGUUAUUUCUAUUCAACACUAGUGUUGAUCUAGAGUUAACUCCUAUUAGUGUUAAAUUCUUGUUGAAUUCUUUCUAUUUAAAGGCCUGUGGCUUUCACCAAAUGAGUACCGAGGUGAAUGUUUUACAAAUUUAAACUUUAUGACACUACAUUACAUAUAUUAUAAGGCCUUACUUUGAUGGCCUAGUUUUACUCCAACACAGUGUUAGGAAAUUCCUGGUUUACAGGCCACAUCAGGCCUGCAAGUCCUAUUAUGCUGGCUGGCAAAGUAAUGUGUAAUUCCUAUUGGAAUCCAGCCAGAGUUAGGAUAUCCUACAGUUUGAAUUUGUAUUAACCUGCAUUCGUAAUGACUGUCAGGGUUAGGAAGCUUGAUAAAAUAAAAAUAAAAAGACUAAACCAGAACAACCAUUUCAGUAAGGAGUGCAAUAAAUCCUACUAACUGAUUGGAUUAGUUUAGUAAAAUAUAUGUUAUUUAUAUUUGUCCAGUUUAAGAUUAAUCAAUCAAUCAAUGCAAAGACACAGAUAUUAAAAACAAUCCUAAAAAAAUCUACCUGCAGUAUAGCAUGCUGGGAAAUAUAAUAAUGAUAGGCGUGGUUUUGAUGGAACUGUUUAACUCUCCACAGUGUAAAACAAAAAUGUUGGUUAUUAAAAACCAAUGCUGGGGAUUACACCACUGAGUGUUGAUUUCACGCUUACAGGGUGAAUUUAGUUCCUGAAUCAAUGCUAAAACUUUUACACAGAAAUAUUAACACUGGCCAAUUUGCUGUGUACCAUCAAGUUUACUCUUUACUCCUUCACACCAAAGUCAUCUAUUGGUCUAUUGUUCAAGAUGACAAAUAGGAAGGGAAAAUAGAGGAGAGAAAUGAAGAAGGGGAACUGAAGAAAGUGAUAGAAACUGUAUCUCCCUCUGUGUUUAGGGCCGUAACAUUCUCACCUGUUCACACUGUCAAUCUCUCUGCUUGUCAGCCAGGAAGAUGUCAGCACCAUGGGAUAAUUUAUAGCAGAAACCCCCAUGGUCCAACAUGCACAAUCCCUUUGUGAGUGUGUGUGUGUGUGUCUUUCUCUAUGUCGUGUGAACACCCAUUAUUUUCUUAUAUAUAGAUUUUUAUUGGAAAUAUAAAGGCAUACAAUUUACAGUUCGUGGCAUAACUACAAAUAUAUCAUUUUCUUAUUGUAUCAAGACCCCCACCCCGCCCUCCCCCACAACAAACAACAAAGUGAAAAAAAACAAAAGGAACACACACAAAAAAAUAAUAAUAAUAUGAAAAUAAUAUUAAAACACAUCACAACAUAUUGUCCCCUCCCUUCCCCUGUCCCCUGUUGGCCCAAAUUCUUACUCCUGAUCAACAGAGGGUAAUUGUUUAAAAAAUGAAAUUAAAGGUCGCCAUCUCAGGAAAAAGUCAUCAGUACAUCCUCUGAGUGUAUUUAAUUUUUUUCUAAAUGAAUAAAAUACAUUAGGUCCUUCAACCAGGCUGAUACAGUGGGUGGUUUGGAGGACAUCCAAUUAAGUAAGAUCUGUCGGUGGGCUACAGCAUGCUACAACAUCUGCUUUACUUUUGGUGAGACUGCAAUUACAAAGUUUUGCUUUGAUGUAGUCCCGAGUGGCGCAGUGGUCUAAGGCACUGCAUCGCAGUGCUAGCUGUGCCACUAGAGAUCCUGGUUCGGGAGACCCAUGGGCGGCGCACAAUUGGUCCAGUGUCGUCCAAGGUAGGGGAGGGUUUGGCCGGCAGGGAUGUGGUUUUGUUUCCCACAGGGGGCCAGUAUGAAAAAAAACAGAAACAAAAAAAUGUAUGCAUUCACUAACUGUAAGUCGCUCUGGAUAAGAGCGUCUGCUAAAUGACUAAAAUGUAAAUGUCAAAAAAUGUAGUGAAUUCUGUGCAAGACUUUGAACUGAAUUAAACCUAAGUGAGCACAGGGGGGAAAUGGUUAAGCCAUCAAAUUGACUGUCAAAAGAGGGCGGAAAUCACCUAUUUAAUUUUUUUAUAGUUGUAGUGUGUGAUAGUUGCUAGAUAAUCAGUCAGAGUAUUGUCUUGUAAAGAGGUUGGUGAUUAUAUAUGACAUUUAUAUUGAUUCUCAUUUCGGUCUUCUUUUAAUGCAGCCAUGUCUGAUGUAGAGGAGGAAUACGAGUGAGUAUGGAAAUAGUAUACACCACCGAUGUAAUGCUGUGAUGGCCACUUUCUUGGUUUAAAUGUAAAUACUGAAUUGGUAACUGAAUCUCUCUCGCUCUCUCUCACACACACACUAUUGCCCCCCCCCCCCCCCCCCCUUAUCUCUCUCUCUCUCUGGUAGGGGGGAGCAGGCAGAAGGUGAGUGGGCUGCUGUGCUAAGGCGUUAGUGUUGUUAUUAAUGUUGGACCACACCUGGCCUUGCAUGUGGAAGUCUAUGACCCUGUUAUUAUUAGCUCCUAUUGCUUUCAACACAUGGUUUUUAAGCCCCCAAGCCUCUGCCAUCUAUUAGCCACACACUCUCCAUCUCUCUUUUCAUCUCCCUCCAUUCCUUUAAUCCUCUAUCUCUUUCAUUAUCAUUCUAAUGUCUCUCUCCAUCCCCUCGUCUCAUUUGUGUCAUUUUCUUCUCCACACUUGUCUUUCUUAGUUUUUUCCCCUAUGUCUACCGCAUUGCCUUGAUUUUGUCAUUGCCCCAUGUCCCUUCUCUUGUCCUCUGAACUGCUCUCUGACUUUCUUUCUCCCCAUUUGGCUCUACUCUCUCUCUCUCGCGCGCGCUCUCUCUCUCUCUCUCUCUCUCUCUCUCUCUCUCUCCAGAGGAGGAGGAGCAGGAGGUGGAGCCAGAGGAGCCAGAAGAAGAACCGCAGGAGGAGGAUGGAGGAGGUGAAACUAGUUGUCUCUCAAAUGACACCCUAUAUGUACAAUAACACUGCAUUACUUUUGGCUGUGUUUCAAAUGACAAUCUAUAUCCCCUACAACACAACAGUACUUUAGACUGGUCGUGUCCCAAAUUACACCCUAUAUCCCCUACAACACUCUACUACUUUAAAGUAACUAUGGCUGUCUCAAAUGACACCCUAUAUCGUGUAUAACACUACACCACUUUAGACUAGAACCAUGUGACUUGCUCUAUGUGACUUUGGCUAGAGGUAGUCCAUUAGUGCUAUUUGGGUUCUUAAUUGGAUUCGUUCCGACAUUUCUUGAUUUCUUGUUGUGUUUAUCUGUAUAUUUUUUAAAUAAUUUGUGUACUUGUUUGACAAGUUACUGCAUUGUUAGAGGCUAGUAACAUAAGCAUUUUGCUGCACCAGCUAUAACAUCUGCUAAACUGUGCGCGCAACCAAUAAACUUUGAUUUGAUUACAUGGGAAUUGCCUAGGAUGUCAUGCCAAAUGAUGAUUAGCCCACUGUCUAGAAAUAGCCAAUCAGAAUCUAGAGAUGAACAGACCUCACAAAUCAUCAUCAGCGACAGAACCUGUCUGUCCAAUCAAACUGACUUCAGAGCCGAGGUCACUCAGAUGAGACACUGAUGACAUCCGUAGUAUCUUAAUGAGCAAGGUAUUCUGUUCAUAAUGCCUGACUAGUGGGUGAUACACUCUGACCUGUCAAUAUGCUUUAUGUCCCGCUUCCAUUGGCUGACCCUGUGCUGGUCCUGGCCAUCAGAGCAACAAGAGUACACAGGUAGGGUGAGAACACAUUAUACCAUCUAUUCAAAUACCACCAAUUGCUUACAGAAAGAAAUAUAAACUAAAUAAACGCCAAUAAAAUAAAAAAUCAUUAUAUGAUCUAUAUCUAUGGAUUACAUAUAGGGUUAUUCCAUUCUAUUUAGCCUCAAUCUAUUUUUGGUAUGGUUUUCACAGUUGUUGUUAUUGCUGCAGUACUUUUCAGUGUUCAACUGCUUGUUUUUGUUGCUUGCUGCUUAGUAUUUUACUUUUUUAUGCUCUGCACUUCCUUAUGUGGAGACAAUGUACAAUAUACAUGGAGUGUGCAAAACAUUAGGAACACCUUCAUAAUAUUAAGUUGCAACUCUUUUGCCCUCAGAACAGCCUCUAUUCGUAGGGGCAUGCACUUUACAAGGUGUCAUGUGUUCCACAGGGAAGUUGGCUGGAUGUCCUUUGGGUGAUGGACCAUUCUUGAUACACACGGGAAACUGUUGAGCGUGAAAAACCCAGCAGUGUUGGAGUUCUUGACACACUCAAACCUGUGCGCCUAGCACCUGCUACCAUACCUCAUUCAAAGGCACUUAAAUAUUUUGUCUUGCCCAUUCACCAUAUGAAUGGCACACAUACACAAUCCAUGUCUCAAUUGGCUUAAAAAUCCUUCUUUAACCUGUAUCCUCCCCUUUAUCUACAGUGAUUGAAGUGGAUUUUACAAGUUACAUCAAAAAGGGAUCAUAGCUUUCACCUUUAUUCACCUGGUCAGUCUAUGUCAUGGAAAGAGCAGCGGUUCCGAAUGUUUUGUACACUCAGUGCAUAUCCUCAUGUGUAGAACAUUUGCGAUUACUUCUUGUGUGUACGUAAUUAUGAACGUUUGUACAUUACAAGUCUCAAAAAACUACAUUUCCCUCUAGUAGCUGUUGGGGUCACACAGUUGUAGUCAAUGAUGUGGCCCUCAGUGCAUGAUGGGAAAUGUGAGUUUUCCUAAGCUUGUUGGCACCACUGCAUUAAACUUACUCUCUCUUCAAUCGUUCCAUAUCUCUCUUUUCGCACACCUCCCUCCUUCCCUCUGUUUUUCCUAUUUGCACUUGUUUUUACCUCAUUUUUUAUUUUCUAAAUGUUCUCCUUCAAUCUUUUAUCCUAUCUCUAUCUCUCUCACCAUUCCCAUCUCUCUCUCUCUCUCUCUCUCUCUCUCUCUCUCUCUCAAUAUCUACUGUAUAUAUCUCUCUCUUUUCUCUCUCUCUCGCUCUCUCUCUCUCUCUCUCUCUCUCUCUCUCUCUCUCGCUCUCUCUGCCUUUGGCACAUCAGAGCAGGAAGCUCAGGAGGAGGAAGGUGAGAUUGAUUGUGGGAGUGAUUCUAACACACCUGAGGUACACAUUGAUUUUGUUGGUUUUUAAUCACAUUAAAUCUAACCUAUAUUUGAAAUGCCUGUAUGAAGGAGGAAUCAUGUGCUCUCUUUAACUCAUGGCCUCAUCAACAAAGCUGUACUGUUGCUGUAGCUACACACACUGACACUUCAUUGAUGAUGAUGAUGAUGAUGAUGAUGAUGGUGCAUGCUAUUGCUCCUGUUGUACUCUGGAGGUCAAAUACUAACUUCAGAUCUGCAGGCGUAACUCAAAUCUUUUUUUGUACACCCUUUUGACAUCAAUUUAUGAUUUACGCAAAACGUAUUGCCUUGUCUUUUUGUCCUGUUUUUGAGAAUUGUGACCUCUAUUUUCUUCAGGACUAUGGAUUUCAAAUGACAUCUUCAGAAUGAGAACAAAAGCUAUAUUUCUGUUCUUUCAUGUGUUAAUACUUCUCUCUCUCUUUAUCUCUCUCUCUCUCUACAGAGGAGAAACUCCCCAUACCCAAGUAUGUUCACUUUUGUAUGUGGCAAUUUUGCUUUGUGUGCAUGUGUGACAAAUAGGUCAAAACAUGUAUUUCUCUGUUCAUCCUCAAUUUCACUUAUUUUCUCUCCUCCUUUCUCCUCUCUCUCUCUUUCUCUAAGGCCCAUGGUGCCCCAGCUAGCCCCUCCCAAGAUUCCAGAGGGGGAUAGGGUGGACUUUGAUGUGAGUGAUGUCAUCUCAUAUCAAGGAAUUGGCCCACUAUUGGGUCCUGAUUGGCUGUUGCCCUUAAAUUUCCAAAUCCACUACAGAACAUUACACCACAUCUCUGAAUAAGAAUCUAUUUAAUCUCAAUCCUCUCCUUUCCUCUCUUUCCCUCUCUCCCUCUCCCAGGACAUCCACAGGAAGAGGAUGGAGAAAGACCUCCUGGAGUUGCAGAGUCUGAUUGACGUCCACUUUGACCAGAGGAAGAAGGAGGAGGAGGAGCUCAUUGGGCUGAAGGACCGAAUCGUGAGUCAACUUCCUGUUUACUUCAUGUUAAAGUGUUGAAAUGGAGGAAGUACAACCUUAACUAUCUGAACUUGUCCAAUAACAAUGCUCAAAUAUUUUUUAUUUAACAUUUCGUCCCAACAGAACACAACCCUGGUCAAGGAGUGGACAAGCUCAUGAUAGAAAAAGUUGAUAUGAAAAAGUCAAAAGUCCUGUCCUCUCAUCCUUUCCCUCUCUCAUCCCCACAGGAGAAGCGUCGGUUUGAGAGGGCAGAGGUGCAGCGAGUUAGAGCGGAGAAGGAACGGGACCGGCAGAACAGGAUUGCGGUAGGUCAAAACACACCCUUGCGGUACCUCAGGAUUGUGGUAGGGCCGGGUACACACCUGUGGUACCCCUAGUACUUUUCCUUUCUAACUUUAGCAUUCUCUCGUGCUCAGGAAGAACGGCAGAGAAAGGAAGAUGAGGAGGCUAAAAAGAAGAACGAUGACGAGGCCAAGAAGAAGAAGGUUCUUUCCAACAUGGGGGCCAACUUUGGGGGCUUCCUGCAAAAGGUAUUUAUGUCCACUGUCAUUCGCUUGUUAGCUUUAGGAACAGCUCUUUGGAUUUAUACAGUAUUUCAUUAAGAUAAAUAUCUAUUUGGUUGCUCAACUUACAGUUGCGGGCAUGUUCUGUCAGACUGUUUUAAACAUAGAAAUAGAAUUAGAACAUGUAAUUCUAUAUGGUUUGAAAUUUGUGAAGUUCUAGGUGUGUUUGACAUAUAUUUCAGGCAGAGCAUCGUGGGAGGGGGAAGCGUCUAACGGGGAGAGAGAUCAAGAGGAAGACCUUGGCUGAGAGACGACCCCCACUGGAGAUCGACAACCUGAGAGAGGACGCCCUGAAGUGAGUCCUGGCCGAUCACACCUGGGCCAAAAUCUUCCUCCCACCACCACAUCAGAGUUUUCAAGAAUUCAUGUCCAAAGCCCACACACCUGGCUGCCAACUGUGUUGCUAUGGUUACCCCUCUCUCUUGGUCUCCCAGGAAACAGGCUCAGGAGAUGUGGAACUGGAUCUACACGCUGGAGUCUGAUAAGUUUGACUUCAUCGAUCACAUGAAGAAACAGAAAUAUCAGGUGGGAAGACCUGGACAGAUGUACCAAAGGCAGAAUCCAUAGAUGUUUAGGCUUGUGUGUAAGCGACUGUAGACGUCUGUUGUGUAGUAUUUGUGAAAUCACUGAUGCAAUGUGAUCUCUUGUGUAAUUUUUUUGUGUGCAGAUUAUCGUUCUCUUGAAUAGAAUCACGAGUGCCCAGAAAUUGUAAGUACAGUAACCCUAUUCAAUUUCUUGGUUUCUUUAUGUGAACUUUUUUUGCCACUUUUUCAGUAACGUGUUUGUAUGGUAUGUGCAUUUAUCUACGAAUAGUUGUUUCUGAACUUAUCUCUCUUUCUCCCUUUCUCUCUCCCCUGUAGUAAAAAGGUCCAUGGUAAGGGGAAGGUCGGUGGUCGUUGGAAGUAAAGAUACUCCCGCUCUCAUAGGGCAGAAGGGAGAAGACGACUUUGGAGGGAAGAAGAAAGGAGGGAGAUCCCACCCUCCCCUCUUCCAUCUUUCCUCUCUUAUUGUGGCCACCCUCUCCUUUGGCAUGUCCUCAUGUGUUUCAUUGCAAAAUACAAGUUAUUAUAAUAUGUAUUGAUAAUAAAAAACGGUGUACACUCA